AUGUCUCUGGAACACGUCUCCUCGCUCUCGGCGUUUCAGACCAUCCUCAACACGAGCGGUAAGAAGCUUGUAGUCGUCGAUUUCCAUGCCACCUGGUGUGGUCCGUGCCACGCCAUCGCGCCCUUCUACGAAAAACUCUCCCGCAAAUACGCCGGGCGCGCCCGCUUCAUCAAGGUUGAUGUCGAUGAAGCCCAGGAUGUCGCCCAGCACUGCUCCGUCUCCGCUAUGCCGACAUUUCACAUGUACAUGAAAGGUAACCGGGUUUCGGACUUUUCUGGUGCUGACAGCUCAAAAUUAGCGGCUGAGGUCGAGCGCUGUGCCCCAUCUUCUUCCGAUGUCUCGUUUGGGGGGUCCGGCCGCACGCUGAGUGAUCCCGCGGGUGCGUCAGCGUCCGGCUCGGGCAGCAAGCCCUCGGGUAGUGCGAGGAGUGCUCGUGCAAUUGCUGCAGACGCAGCAGCGAGGAGAAUGGAGGAGGUAGCGAAGGCGAAGGCUGCAGCACGAGCCGCAGAAGAGGCUGCGGCUAAAGAAGCAGCCGCUGCCGCGGAGAAAUCGGAUGGGAAGCCGUCGGCCAGUAGCGACGGGCCCCGGCCUGCGAAAAAUGACGCCAGACUCAAGGUUGAUCCGGUGCUGCUGAAGUCUAUGGUCGGAGAGAUGGGAUUUCCGAAGAUUCGAGCAGAAAAGGCAUUGAUUUUGACCGGCAAUAAGAGCAUUGAAAGGGCUGUAGAGUGGUGCUUCCAGCACGCAGAUGACGCGGAUAUCGAUGAACCGUUGCAGCUUGUCACGAAGGAAGGCGGCAGCAAACCCAAGCUCAGUCCGGAGGAAGCAAAAAAGAAGGCGGAUGAGCUGUAUGCACGCGCACGUACCAGGCGUGAGGCUGAGGAAAAGAAGGAAGCUAUCGAGAAAGAGAAGCGUCGUCUAAAAUCGGGAAAGGAAGUGACGGCAGCAAAGCUCAAGCUUGAGGAGGAGUCGAGGAAACGUGCGGUUGACGAAAAGAAGAGGGAGAAGUUGGAAGCGAAGCAGCAAAGGGAGAGGGUUCGACAAAUGCUCGAGGCGGAUAAACAACGGCGUAGGGAGAAGUUCAACAUGCCGGGCCCAGCACCAAGCAACCCUCAGCCUUCUAAACCAAAGGUGGCUCCUCCUGUUGCCCCGAGGGCGACUGCCGAUAGGGGAAGUAUUCAAUUUCGACUGCCGGACGGUAGCCGUAUCCAAGGGGAGUUCGAGCGGCACCAUACGGUUGGGGAUCUCUUGUCCUUCCUUGCAUCCACUCGACCGGAUAUCGGUUCUCGCAAUGUAACGCUUUCGCAGCAGUACCCUCGCAGGAAGUUCACAUCUAGAGAUAGCGCUGCUUCUCUCGGUGAUCUGAACUUGCUACCUAGAGAAGCGCUCACUGUGUUGUUCUCCUAGGGUGUUGUACCCUCCCCCUUACCUGGAUUUGCAGGGCUUUCCGUAGUAAGGCAUUGAGAGCAUCGUGUUCUUCAAGGAUUGGGUAAAGUGGUUCUGAAACCAGCCCAUUUGUACACGGGAGACCUUAGGUUUCAGACUAUAUAGAGACAUAGAAAGAGAAAGAGAAAUCACUCUCCACAAGACGAAUUUAAAGGUCAAGCUAUUUUCCUCGGUCCCGGUGCCCACGUUGGAUGAUUGAGAAAUGGCGCUCUUGGCAUUUUGGUUUGGCGACAAGGGCAGCACUCCUAUGCUGGAGAAUCGAAAUUUGCACACGUCUGAACGGCUUUCAUAGCAUGAGUUCUCUUGUUCCUUGUGUUAUGGUACAGCAUGCAUCAAUUAUGAUGAGGUGCAUGCAGAUAUAUCUGGAGCUUUUUGAAAGGCCGAAGAACCAUGAACCACCGUUUUCUAGAUGCCAUUAUAGUCUUCUCUUUGCGCGGUGAUUCCUCAGUUGACGGAAGCGGUAAAAUCGCAAAAGCGGGACGGUUUCUUGUGAAGUAUGAUCACCUUCGCCACACUUCAUGUGCAUCAGGAAACGUGCAACCUCCUGUAACCCCGAAGCACAAAGGGUACCCUUUAAAGGGUACAGAGUAAAAUCUCGAUGUAGUAGAGAGAUUACGAAGCUACAAUUUAUCCUUUUAA